AAAAACGUCUCUUUCCAUGGCGAUUACGAAGGCGAUUGGUUUCAAGUUUUGAAUGAUCGAUUCUGACGGAUUUGGGGGGCGAGGAGUGGAUCUCCUUCGAUCUCUGCUAGUUAAUGAUGAUAGGAAUCAGAUCGGAAGUCUGAUUUUUUCUGGGCAAAGUUUGAUUCUGUUGGUUGCAGAUUUUGGGAUUCUUGGGAUUUUCAUUGGGUUCCCUGAUUUUUAUGAUUCGGCCGGGUCGAUUUCGUAUACCCAUAUAAGGGGGUUUGGAAAUGUCGAGAUUGUGGUCUUGAUGGUGGUAUCCGAUGGGGAUUUCUGGAAGAUACCGACACUUACAUUCAGGGGUUCGGAGGUUCUGCAUUUAAGUCUCAAUAUCUUUGUUUGGUGUGGUUGGAGUUGGAGUGGAUUCUCUUCUCUGGAUUUGGGCAGGAUUUGUUCUUUAUUGCUAGGUUCGGGUUUUAAUAAGAGAAAUCUUGUCUUCCGUGGUGUUAGUUUCGCGAUUUCGACGGAUCCGGAGUGUGAGGGAAUUCUGUCCUUCGAUUACAACGGGUUUGUGUAUUGGUUUUUGUGGUUUACUUCCGGGGAUUUAUAUCUGAUUCGGUUGGGGAUUAUGCUUGAGAUUUCCUUAGUCUGGUUUGGAAGGUGGAUUUCGUUGAUAUUUCCUCAUGAUAAUUUCCAGGAUUCUUCGGUGGCUUUGAUGGUACGAUUGGGGAUGAUCUGGAUAGUAAUUGGAGUAUAUAUGAUACGAUUUGUUCUGAUCUUGGGCGAAGGGGUUGGUGUUGAGGUAUAUAAACGAAGGCUUGCGGUUUGUUUAUGCAUCAUCCCUCUCUGUUUUUGUUGUUCGCUCCUUCUUGCUUUUGUUUUCAUCUUCAUUUUUUUCUGGGUUUUUCUUGCGGGUGGCUCUUGUUCCCUCUCUUUUGUGCGAGUUAUGGCUCAAUUGGUUUUCAGCAAGAAGAAUGCAACUUUGGUUCGUACUGUCACUGUGUCCAUCUCCAAUUCGGUCUUGGCUCAGAGAAUUCAGCAGUUCUCGAUGACCCUUAUUGGCAGGCUUAUGAAUCCGGUGUGUCAGAAUAUGGAGUCCUUGAUAGCUAAUUUUCCAAAAAUCUGGAAGUUAGAAGAGAGGGUGGUUGGUGCUGACUUGGGUCAGGGUGUUUUUCAAUUUAAUUUUGAGGAAGAAGAAGAUAUUUUGCCAGUUUUGCAGAAUGGUCCAUACCAUUUUGAUGGCUGGAUGGUCUCACUGGUUAGAUGGGAGCCAGUCAUCUCCUCCUCCUACCCUUCAGCUAUCAACUUCUGGGUUAAAGUGCCAGGGAUUCCAAUGCAUUUGUGGGAGGUGGCUACUCUUGAAGCUAUUGGUAAGAAGCUUGGGAGGAUUCAAGAGGUUGAUGAGGAAACAGGUAGUCUAUGUGUGUCAGUCAAUGGGUUUAAUCCACUGAUCUUCAGGAUGGUGGUGCCUUUUGCAACUGGGGAUGAGAUUGUGGUUUCAUUGGAGUAUGAGAAAUUGAAUGGGGUUUGUGAACAUUGUUCCCGGAUCACCCAUGACUCCAAGGUUUGUCCAGAGGUUAAGGUGGCUUCUGUCCAAGGUGCGGAUUUGCAGAGGGAUAGUCGAGGUAGUCAAAGGCAAUUUCAAGUUGUGAAGCAAGAACAGCAUCAGAAUGCUGGGGGUUGGGAAAAGCCUAGAAAGCAUGCUAAGAGGGCCCUGGAUUUUCAGUCUACGGAUUCUAGUGAAUAUGGAUAUUUCCCUCAGCAACGUUUUGGUGGUCAGAGUUCUAACGGUAACGGUUCUCACCGAUCUCGUCAACAAGAGCGGCUACAGGGUCAGGCUUGGGGUCAGAAGAGGAGCUUUGGAGAGGUUACUGCUCGUGAUGAAGGUUACCGUCGCGGUACACAAUCAGGGAAUGGGGAAGGUUCGGGUAAGGCCCCUGGUUUUGUUUUAAACCGAAAGAGUGCUGGCCCGGCUUGGCCUAAACCUCUCUUUAAGGUCAAACAGGCGGCUGUUGUGGAGCAUGGUUCGUUGCGGAUUGAUAAUAAUGUGGGCGAUUCCAGCCCUAGUGAUCCAUCAGCGGUCAAGGAGGUUGAGGGAAAUGCUGUUAAGGGUGAUGAGGGGGCUUCUUUAGCUAUGGAUUUUGAGGUCGACAAUGAUGACUUGCUUGAGGAUGGUGAAUUUGACGAUAUGGGUAAGUCUGAUCAUAUCGUUGUCCAGGAGGGGACUGUUUCUCCAAAUCAGGGUGUGGGGGGUCUUACGGAUCAAGGGUCUGAGGCUCAAGUGGAUCAAGUAACUGAUUCCCAGGGUGAUUAUGACUGUAAGCCACAAGGUGAAGGGAAUAAACAGAAGCUGGUGGGGGAAACUGGGUAAUAAUACAAUGGGCGCUAAACCUUCGGAUGGGGGGCGUUAAGGAAAGAAAGGGAUGGGGGCUCUCCCGAAACCGCCGGCUAGAACGUGAAGAUUCUGAGUUGGAACUGUCAGGGCAUAGGGGUGGAUCUGACAGAAGGAUAUUUGGGAGAUUUGUGGAAGCAGCAUCGGCCAGACAUCUUAUUUUUAUCAGAAACUAAAAAGUGUUUUUCUUAUUUACAAAAAUUUCAAAAAAAGUUUGGUUAUAAUAAUUUGUAUACUGUUGAUCCCCAUGGUUCUAGUGGUGGGUUAGCUUUAUUUUUCAUGGAUGAAAUAAAACUUUCUAUUUUAUAUGA